GAGCACACCCCCUCAUACUUUUCUUGCUUCUCUCUCUUUGGCCUUGCCUCUCUGGUCCUGCGGAGCUGCCCACACUCUACCCCGCUCCUAGCUCCUCAAGAAGCUCUGCCUAGUGCCCAGGGCCUUGGUGGGUCAGCUUGGAGGUUCCUGUGGCAUCUGUCGAAGAGGCCCUAGGGUCACUGCAUUUCCUCCUGGGGGUGACUUGGCAGUGAUAUGUUCUUUUUCCUCACUUCUGCAAUUGCCAGAAGACGGCAUAGAGGCUGGAACUAGGGCCCAGACCCAGAGAGACAGGCUCCUCGGCUUAAUGACUGGUCCUGUGACAGCAGGAUCUUGCUAAGUUGAUGAGGCUGGUCUUGAAUUUGUGAUCUUCCUGCCAGUCUACCAAAUCACUAGGUUAAUAGGCACACCCGGGACCCUAUGAUCAGCUGACCCUUUCAGCCUACAGCAAUGGAGCCAAAUGGCUCGUCCCGUGUGGAUUCCGAGUUUCGAUACAUUCUCUUCCCAAUUAUUUACAGCAUCAUCUUUGUGGUGGGAGUCAUUGCCAAUGGCUAUGUGCUAUGGGUCUUUGCCCACUUGUAUCCUUCCAAGAAACUAAAUGAGAUAAAGAUCUUCAUGUUAAACCUCACUGUGGCUGACCUGCUCUUCCUGAUCACCCUGCCACUCUGGAUUAUCUAUUACUACAACCAGGGCAACUGGAUUCUACCCAAAUUUCUGUGCAAUGUGGCUGGCUGCCUCUUCUUCAUCAACACCUACUGCUCCGUGGCCUUCCUUGGAGUCAUCACUUAUAACCGCUUCCAGGCAGUCACACGGCCCAUCAGGACUGCUCAGGCCACCACCCGCAAACGUGGCAUCUAUUUGUCCCUGGUUAUUUGGGUGUUCAUUGUGGCCGCUGCAUCCUACUUCCUUAUCUUGGACUCCACCAACAUAGUGAUGGAUAAGGUCGGCUCGGGCAACAUCACCCGUUGCUUUGAGCAUUAUGAGAAGGGCAGCGUGCCGGUCCUUGUCAUCCACAUCUUCAUCGUGUUCAGCUUCUUCCUGGUCUUCCUCAUUAUCCUCUUCUGCAACCUGGUCAUUAUCCGCACGCUCCUCCUGCAGCCCGUGCAGCAGAAGCACAAUGCACAAGUGAAGCGCCGGGCGCUGUGGAUGGUCUGCGCUGUCUUGGCGGUGUUCAUCAUCUGCUUCGUGCCCCACCACGUGGUGCAGCUGCCCUGGACCCUGGCUGAGUUGGGCUACCAGGACAGCUACUUCCACCAGGCUAUAAACGAUGCACAUCAGGUCACCCUCUGCCUCCUUAGCACCAACUGUGUCUUAGACCCUGUCAUCUACUGUUUCCUCACCAAGAAGUUCCGCAAACACCUCACUGAAAAGUUUUACAAUAUGCGCAGCAGCCGGAAAUGCUCCCGGGUCACCACUGACACAGGCACCGACGUGGUCAUGCCAAUCAACCAGAUCCCUGUGGAUUCUCUCAAAAAUUAGUCCUUGCUUGUUGGGGUCAGGCCCCAAAUCUUCUCUUUCAUCCAUAUCCUGGACUGAGCUGGAGGAAGAAGGGAUAUUUGCUGUGGUCACCACUCCCUGGCAGUGGUAACUCAUUAAGCUUGGAGGCAACCUCACUCAGGCAGGGGUGAGAGCAGCAAGGGACUGCUGGUAAAGCCAGAGCUAGAAUGAGCCCCUCAUAUGCUUUUGGGCACAUACUAUGCUAACUUUGGCUGAUGAACUUAUCCUGAGCCCCUGAGUCUGAUGGGUCUAGGAGCCAGGUUCUGACUUUGGAGGUAGAGUCAGAGCCACCCAGUACUCCCCCCAGGGGCAACAGCCUAAAGCUCUGGGCAAUGACUCCCAAGUGCUAAAGACGAAAGUGGGUUUUUGGGAAAGAGAUUUGCUGAGUGGAAGAAUCUUUGGGGCAGAGUUUGAUGUAGGAUGGUGCCAUCCUCUUUCCACCCACAGGUAAAAGGCCUUUGUGACAUUUCUCAGGGGAAGUGGCUCAGUGGAAUCUUCUGAUUCACACAGCAGCCUGUCCCAAUGGCAACCAGAGAAGAUAAAACAUGAACAAUAAAAAACUAGAAUGGGAGCCUGUUUUCUGAGGCACAUGUAUCUCUCUGCAAAGGCCUCACCUCGGGCCUCACUCAGCUCUGAGUGAGGGGGAGAAAGAUGGCCACCCCAGCCAUCUUUCUGUCUUAGCAGCUCCUAGGCCUGGCCAUGAGUUCACAGCCAGCUUCAGCAAAAGUGAGAUGCUAAGCAACUCAGUGAGACCCUGUCUCUAAAUAAAACACAAAAUAGGGCUGGGGAUGUGGCUCAGUGUCAAGUGCCCCUGAGUUCAAUCCCCAGUACCCCCCACCACCAAAGCCCCCCAAACAGCCCCUAAUUAAAUACCUUCUGUGGAGCAGCCACCCCCACAAAAUUUGGAUUUGUCCAGGUCAGGGCACCUUGAUGUCCAGAGGCUUCUAUUUGAAACAGGCACUUAGGCUAGGAAGAGCCAGAGGUUUCUGCAUAGAAGGAGCCUGCUUGGUCUCUGGGAGGAUCCUCCCAAUCAAGUCUCCAGGAGGUGGAAGGGACGAUUAUAGUCCUAAGGUCUGGCAGGGGUCAGAUUUUCUUGAGGAUCUCUGGAUACCUAUUUAUGAUUUUUGGCAAGUAUAUUUAAAAGAGACUCAAAUCUUACCCUGAGACAAGUACCUGUUGUGUGAGCCUGGUAGCCUUAGAUUCAAGGGAUUGAAGGAGGCUUCUCUGGAUUUUUAGAGCCUUGUACUCCUUCUAAGAAAUCUUCAUUCUUUGAAGCCAGUGUUCCCAUGAAGCUGGGACUCUUGUUUCUGCUUUGCUAGGCAAGCACUGGUUUGCUGAUCUUGAUAAAUGUCUCCCAUUUGGUCAGUAACCUGUUUUGGGGACAGUAGCUAUGGGCUGGACCCUAGCUGAUGGUGACCAGGUGGUUAGAGCAGCAUAUUUGAACUAUGGUAUUACAUAUAACUACGGUAUCACAUAUUUGAACUAUGGUAUCACAUAUCACAUAGACAGUUUUGGCUUUUCACUUCCUGCCAAGGGACCAGGAACUCACUUUUCUACCUCUUCAUUGUUACCUGUGGAGUAAACCCUACCUCGUUGGGUUAUGAGCAGUGAGUGUUAAGGCAGACACCCCUUGAUCAGAGUGACUGCUUAAAACAGAGUCACCCCUUUUCUGAGAACUUGACCCCCUCAGUCUUCCAGUUGGAGCUGAAAGGAUGAGAGGUGGGCACUAGAUUCAGGGAUGCUGUUUCAGGCUGUGAAUUUGUCUGUGUGUUCAUCUGUGGAUGUAGGGGCUGGGGUGGCCACCGUGUGAGUGUAGUAGAGAAAAUGGCUCUGCCCAAGAGAAGAUGUGCAGAGAGAAACCACAGGAGCCUGAAGAGAAGAGGGGACAGCGCUUCCAGGGGCCUGCUGGUUAUCCUCUGUACUCCUUCCUUUGUGUCCUAUGAAAUUCCCUUGUCAGGAUACCUUUUCUUAUCUUGCUUAAUCUAAUCUGAAUAGGGUCUGUUACUUGCAACCAAAAAAGUCCCAAAUGAAGUAAGUGUUUAUUGCUACUGCACAGUAUUUCCUGAAUGUCAGUCAUUUGCAUAUCUUCUUGCGAUGUUUGCAGUAUGGCUGUAUCACCUGGAUGUUUACUUAAUAAAUAUUUUCCUGCAGUCAA